AUGGAUCAAGUGCGGUCCUGUGGCUGCAGUGCAGGAAGCUGAGAAAGGUUGGGUGUGAGGUAAAACCUGGUGGCAGAGAUACCCCGCUCCUCCUAACGGUGCAGCCGAGGCUCCAGCUCUCUCGUGUUUUAAAAAUGAAAUAAUAUAUUUUAUGAAAUGAGUUUUCCAUUUUAUAAUAUUAAAUGCAUUCUUAUGAAACUCUUUCGUUAUUUGCUCAUAUGAGCUAUCGACUUCCCUCCAUCCUGCCUCAUGGUUUUCAUAAUUCCAGAUUCAGGUAGGCAGCCGUGUUGGUCUGACGCAGUAGAAAUAUAUAUAUAUAUAUAUAUAUAUAUAUAUAUAUAUAUAUAAAUAAAAAUGUCCAGUAGCACCUUAGAGACCAACUAAGUUUGUUCUUGGUAUGAGCUUUUGUGUGCAUGCACAAAAGCUCAUACCAAGAGCAAACUUAGUUGGUCUCUAAGGUGCUACUGGACAUUUUUUAUUUUUUCCCAAUAUAUAGUCAUAAUUCCAAUUUUACGUCAUAGCAUUUGUACCUUUUCCAGUUUACGUUUCCCUCCUUUAUUUUAUCACAUAUUUUAAAUAAAUGUAAAACGAUAAUAAACAUUAUUACAAGUCUUCUUACAACAACCCUGCUAGUGUUGUUAUUUGUUUGCAAUUGUCCUUCCUUCAAAUGUUGUACAAAUUCACUCCAAUCUGUUUUGAAAGCUUGAUCACAAUGGUUUCAGAUUUUCCAGGUCAGCCUCGCCAGUCAUCUUCAUCUGCCAUUCUUCGAUUGUUGGUAUUUCUUGUUCCUUCCAUUUUUGGGCUAAUAGAGUUCUUGCAGUCCAUUUCCGUCGGUUUUGAUAUCGCUUCAGAAACUCUAAUAUCCUUAAGAGCAUAGAAAUAAACUUUAUUGUAAUUUAUCAGGCCAUCCAGCAUGGUACUGUCAAUACCACCAUGGGCCCCAGACUACAACUCCCAUCCUCUCUGUCCAUUUGACUGAAUUAAUCUUUUAUUUGCAUCAGGCAUCGGCCAUAGCAAUAAAACGAUACGAUAUACAAAGAAUAGAAAUAAAGGGUCACUUAUAUAAAAUACAUUUUAGGGUUUUGAAUCAAUAGUCAAAUAGUGGAUCUUAUUCUGAUUGCCCCAGCUAAAAACCUUGCAGCCUUUGCUGUCACCUGCUCAUCUUGGUCUGCCAAGAGAAAGGACACUGUGGUAGUGGUUGGGCGUCCCGGAAUGGACAAUAAAAUGGGUGAAAACCUCAUUCCUCAAGUCUUUAUAAAGAGUGCAAGUCAGAAGGGCAUGCCAUCUCCACAGGGACAUAAGCGAUUUUUUUGUGGAAUCUGUUGGAAUCGUCCCUCAAGUACAGCUGAGGGCAAUACAGUCAAUCUUGCAAGAGUAAAAGCACGUCUAUAUUUUAGAAUUCCUAGGUUAUGCAGAUAGGGUGAUCCUCUCUGACCAUUGGCUAAGCUGGCUGGGGAUGGUGAGAGUUGUAGUCCAACAUCUGGGCACCAGAGGUUCCAUGAGCUCUCUGGGGUUUGGGGCAGGGGACAUUUCCAGGUGGUGCUGAGAAUUGAACCUGGAACCUUCUGCAUGCAAAGCUAAUGCUCUAGCGUUGUGGUAUGGUUGUUCUCAGAUGUGUUAGUUUAUUGUUGUUCUUUCAACCAUUGUGGCCAUAUCAACUACUGGUUAAAAAAAAUACACACUAAUACAAUUUAAAAAACCACCCAUCAACCAAAAUAUAUGUUUACGUUGACAUACACCCAUAAUAAUACAGUGGUACCUCGGGUUACAUACGCUUCAGGUUACAUACACUUCAGGUUACAGACUCCGCUAACCCAGAAAAAGUGCUUCAGGUUAAGAACUUUGCUUCAGGAUGAGAACAGAAAUUGUGCUCUGGCGGCGAAGCAGCAGCAGGAGGCUCCAUUAGCUAAAGUGGUGCUUCUGGUUAAGAACAGUUUCAGGUUAAGUACGGUCCUCCGGAACGAAUUAAGUACUUAACCCGAGGUACCACUGUAUACAAAAGGUUAAAAAAGGAAAUAAUUGAAAUAUUAAAAAAUAAAGGAACUUAGACAGUAUGUUUGUUCUCAUCCUUAGUUAAAUUUACCUCUGCAUUUUCAAAGGUUUGGUAGUCUUCAGUGGUGUCUCUAACUCAGGCAUAGGCAAACUCGGCCCUCCAGAUGUUUUGGGACUACAACUCCCAUCAUCCCUGACCACUGGUCCCUGACCACUGGCCUUUAAAAAGUAUAUUUAUAUGCAAGAGGGAAGUAUUGGCAGUCUUGGGGGAACCCCCAAGGUAUGGGGCGCAUCCAAAAUACAUAAAAUACUAAGAACCCUCAAGGGGGAAAUUGCCAAAUCAUCCCACUGAUAACUGAGCAUGCUCAGUGACUACAUUGGGAGCAAUACCUGGAACACUGCAUUGGAGAGGAAAUGGAACAAAGUAGCCUGGAUGAUGAAGAAGAAACACUUCACACUGCAACAUAUUUAUUUAUUUUCAUAAUUUAUACCCCACGCCUGAGAAAUAAGUUUAUGUUUCCAGGGCAGCUAACAGCAUAGUAAGAAAUGAAAAUGUAAUAAUCAUUAAUAAUAAUACAAACAUACAAACUAAUACAGUAGAUUUAAACAAAGCAACUACAGCCCAUUCAAAGAGACAGUAAAAUCAAACGUUUGAGUUAAAAUGCUUACAGUAGCAGUUCUGUAUAUUUCUGCUGCAUAUCCCAUUUGAUCAUGUAAAAAGGCAAAGUUAAACUUGAUACAGAGCUACAAAUACAUACGGUAACCUCAUUUAGAACACACAUAAUGUAAUUGAAAAGUAAAAGGACUUGCAAGUGCACACUUCUGUUGCACUUUGCAGAGGCUUCUUGUUUAUCAAGAAAUAUUCUAGGCUGCUGCUCAUCCAAAGGGUCAUACAUAUAGACCCAAGUCCCAAACAGGGUGAAGUGGCCACCUCAGAUGGCAUCCUCAAGGGGUGCCACCCCCGUUCCACCACCCAGAUGGACUGGCAGCAAAGCUCUGCAGAAUGCCUCUCCACCUGCCAAGUAGGCAAAAAGGGAGGUGUUCAGCCACCUAGCAGUGCGGUGGAGUUUUGCAAUGGUAGAAUAUCACAAGGUAACCACCUUGUGAUAGUGCUGCUGAAUGCGAGCAUAUGACAAUCACUUCUGAAAGAUCUGCGCUGGUUGUAUUUAAGAUUUUGCUGAUGCUGUUUAAAGACCUAAACAACUUGGGGCCAGGCUACCUGAGAGAGCACCUUCUCCCGUAUGAACCUGCCUGACCACUGAGGUCUGUAAGUGAAGCCCUCCUGGUUAUACCGCAGUCUGUACAUGUUCAUCUUCUGGUAAAUAGCAGGAGGGCUUUCUCGGCCAUGCCAGCCACUCCAUGGAAUCACUUCCCCUGAGAUUAGGCAAGCUCUGAUGGUAAUGUGUUUCUGACACUUGUUGAAGACCUAUUCAUUUACUCAGCCUUUCAGCCCCAUUAAGUGGUUUACUGCAUUUUAGUUACUUGUGAAUUCUGAUGUACAUUUUAUCAUAUUGGUUUUCAUGUACUUUUAUUUUAGUUGGCCAUGUCUCUAUAUUUUUGACCGUGGGCGGCAUAUAAAUGGUAUUAAUAAACUGCAAUGUGGAAUGUCAUUUUUAAUGUACCAUGGUAACAAGAAAUAAGUUUCCAAAAAAUGAGUGAUGAAUAACAAUACAGUUAAUUAUGUGUAGAACUCUUAACUGUAGAAAGUAUGAAGAACAACUAUGCAUACUCUAUGGAUUAGGAAAUUAUGAGGAAUGUGUAUAAAGGCUCCAAGAAAAAUGUACAAGCGUGGGAAAGACGAUAACCUGCUACAGUCUAUAAUUAGUAUGUUCAUUUUAAUUCCCAAAGGCUAGAUUAUUUCUAUUUGUUAUUUAAAGAUUGCCAUUUUUCCUAUUCAGGAAGCAUUCAGAAUCAAAGUCAAACCAUUCCAGAGUUUCCUUUUGGUUGGGAUACUCUCUGGAAUUCUUCUUAACCUAAACUAAAUCUAGAGCCUGUCUUUCUGCUAUACAGACAUUCAAGUCAAAUUUGUAAGCCACCAUAGCACAAUAUGAGAAGCCCCUAACAGAAAUGAGCAGUUUGUAAAUGCACAUAUAGUAAAGAUGACACGAAUAGCAAUUAAAACCAGUAAUCACAUUAAUAUCACUGGGCAUAGAUGGCUGGGGAUUGUGUCUGGGCAGGGAAUCCCACAACUGGGGUCAGGGCCAGACAGACCAUGCAAGCAGGGGGAAGCCUGCUUCAGGUAGCCAGGCCCUCAGAUAGAUUCAGAGAGGCCUGAGCUACUUCCAGCUUUUGACGCCCUUAGCCAUAAUAAAAAUAAAAAAUGAUGAUGCAUUUAAACAUAGUAAGGUACCUCCUUUCAGAAAAAAGAGGAGUUGUUUGUUUAUAGGAACAGCUGGUCUAAGAGAGUUCAUUGAUCACUUCCUGAUUAUGUGCCAACAGAUCAGAUAGGGCUUUUUGUUAUUUGAUAUCAAUUUAACUAAUAAAGAGUUUAAUAUGUUCAAAUCUAACUUAUCAAAUCCUAUCUCUAUCUUGAAUCUGCAGCUCUAAGCUGAGAGUGUUUGUCACCUUUUGGUUCAAUGCACAUAAAAACAAGCUGUGAAGCUUAUCAAAUGUCAAAAACUAAUAAGCAUCUAAAUUUAAAGCCCUCUUUGAGCUUGAAGCCCACCCUGGUCCUGCCUCCGAUUGACUCUUCCGGCAGCACCAUGAGGCAGGGAGAAUAAAUGAAGGCAGAAAUCGGUAUAUGGAUGGUGCAACAAAACUAAACCUUGGCCCUAGCAGGAGGGAUGAUAGAUAGCUUAGGGAACAAGACGACGGUGCAGAACCAUGUAGCAUAAAUGCCACAGUUGAGCAUUUGUCCCUGAGCAACUUCUGAAAUAAUACCAGUAAGAUAUGAACAGAACCACCAGGCCUGGUGCAUCCAACUCCCGUUCCAGACAGAAAGGCCAGAAGCAUAAGAAAGGGUGCACUCAGUCUCGGAACAUGCCAUCCACUAAAGUUGCCAAAAUCAUUUCAAAACUAGUUUGGAAGCAAGAUGGAAAUGAGACCAGAUAAUCUGUAUCCUCCAGACAGAAGUUGCACCAAAAGGAUUUACUGAAGGCAAGGAUCAAAGAACUAGCCCCAAUAAGGAAGACAAUUAAAACUCAGUAUAUGAAUGUACAAAUCACUUCAUCUUUGCCUUACUUGAAUAGCCAUUACCUUACUUGCUAAUGCUAUGUGCCAGUAAAUAACACCUGACAGUGUGGUCCUGUACAAGACUACUUAAGAGUUCAAGGGGGCUUACAUUCUGGCAAGCAGGUAUGGAAUUGUACAGGACUUCCAACAAAGGAAACUGAAUCACCUAGUGACAAGCAAUUGUUAAGAUGGAUGGAGAAAGGACUGGACUUCAGAAAACAAAAAUUGUUUUGUUAAGCUAUCAACUGUGAAAUCUAGAGCCACUAUAGACCCCAAUACUAAAUACAUUUAUUUGGAAGAAAAGCCUAUAGAUGGAGUAUGUGCGUUUAGGAAUGAGUGGUAUGAUUGUGUAAAUAUAGAGGAUAAAUAAAGCAAACUGCAGGAUUGUGGUUCACAAACAUUUCUUCUGUUACAUGCUGGACUGUGUGUUUUGAUCCACUUUCAUUAUUGGAAUACUAGAUUUGGAACGUGUACUGCCACAAUUACCGCUAUAUAGGAGGUUCAACAUUUCGAGUUGUCAUCAUCAAAAUGAAGGCCACAAUCCAAUAGAGUCAAGUACACUUAAAACCAUUAAUUUCAACAGGCUUAAGUGCUCUUAAUGCUUUCUUGGAUAGUCACCAAACUUUUGCUCAUUCUGUUUAUGUAUGCACAGAAAGAGACCAAUUUAGUUUGACGUAUGUGAAUAGUGAUUCAUUUUAUUAAUGUCUCCUGAAACAAUAUAAAACAGAUGACCUCUUGAAUUAUGACAUUUAUCCAAGAGUACAUCUACAAGUGAAACUAAACUGAUACUUUUCAUAUUUGCCUGCAAUCAUUUAUAAAGAAAUAGCAUAAAGUUGUCCUUGUAAUUACCCUCUUUUCCUUAAAUGUUAUUACUUUUGCAGUAAAAUUCUCAGUCAUGUUACAUACCCAAUGAACAUUUUGAUACGAGUAUGAUUAUGAUGCUUUAUACAUUUUAAUGGUGUUUGGUUUGACUAGGAAUGGACAACCUUGACAGAGUAUGCACUCAUAUAGUUGUGCUUUUCCCUUUUUUUUCAAUCUUCUGAAAGGAGAUAUGUCAUAUAUGAAUAUUAUUCCUUUCCCAUGUUGCCUUGUACCUUUUGCUGUGGGCUGCUACCAGCUUGAAUAUACAGUAGACAAUACCACGUUUAGAGGGUUUUUAUUGACCUUGAAGAAAUGCAAGAGUGUAGAGAGUAAUUUGUAGCAUUGCAUAUUUAGCAUUAUUGGACAGUUGGAGCGGAUCCACUCUCCAAGUGGUAUACAUUUUAAAUUACAUUUUUCUGCAGCCCUGAGAACCUGAACACCAUAUUUUUUAAAUAUACUGUAUAUAAUCUUGAACUAACAUUUUUGGGUUCCUUGCUACAAAGACAGAAGACUGCAAUUCUAAAUACAAUUAUUAGUGAUUUGGCAUUUAUGUAUAGGAUUAAAUAAAAAAAUCCUUCCAGUAGCACCUUUAAGACCAACUAACUUAGUUGGUCUUAAAGGUGCUACUGGAAGGAUUUUUUUUAUUUUGACUAUGGCAGACCAACACGGCUACCUAUAUGUAUAGGAUUGUACAAGUUCUAACUGGAAAAUGUUCUAAUCCCCCCUUAAAGUUAUCUGUUAUUAAAAUGCACUUUGCAACCUGUGCACUGAGAUCUAAUCUCCAUCUUUAUGAACAUUUUCAUUCUCAACAGCUAAAUUAUUGCAUUAGUAAUUUUCCUUGGAGUACUGUGGUUUCUAAGGGGCUAUUAUAUAUAACUGAUUCUCCAGCAGAGGUCCCUUGAAAAAGGGAAAUCUUGCAUAUUUUCUUCUUCUAAUGGACUAUAUUAGCUGCUAAACCAAGGAUAUAUGCCUAUCAAAGAUGUUCCAUUCCUUGAAAUCCAACUUAAGCUGGGAAACUGAAAAACAUUGUCUUAAAUGCCCUAGAAAUGGAGUAGCGAAACUUUUUUUUAAGUGUUUAAUGAGUCGGUGGCAUUAUAUACUUUACAUCAGGAUGGCUACUAUUGGGUUCUCUAGCUGCUGUUGGGCCCUCAGUUCCCAUCACCUCUGGCCAUUGGCCAUGCUGGCGAGGGCUGAUGGGAGCUGGAAUCCAACAUCAUCUGUGGUGGGGUAGCUAGCACUGGACUAGGGCCUGGGAGACCAGGAUUCAAGUCCUCAUUUUGCAGUGUAGUUCAAUGGUGACCUUGGGCCGUUUGUGAGAAUAAAAUGGGAGAGCAGAGAGAACCAUGUAUCCUUGGAGGAAAGGUGGGGUAUAAAUGUAAAAGGAAAAGUAAAUAACAAUAUUUGAAGGGCCACUCCUGCUUUGCAUAAAGGAGACUACCGAGGGCUCUCUGUUAGCAGCGCACUUAACGCCCCUUAAAAUGUUCCUGUCAGCACACUACUUAUUAAUGGUGCGUCAUGUUUUGUCUGCAGAACAGAAGCAAAACAGGUCGGGGCACCGGCCAUUUCCCUGGGUAACUUUAUAGAGCCCCAAAACACCUUUAGGCAGGCAACCUCUUUCUGACACUUGCACUUCUCUCUGCCGUUGUGCUAGGGGCUUCACGUCACACACAAUUCUGUUCCAGGGCUCCUUGCCCUGAUGAAAAUUCCUGGGUGGCAAACAUGAAAACUGCCUUCCAAAGAGAAGCGGGUUUGUCAAAGUAAUAAUAAUAAAUAAAUAAGAAUAAAAAUGUGCACCCUACCAUUGAGACCAUUCCAAUGUAACUAUCCAAUCUCCCAAAAUUUUAACACCUCUUGCGAUGGUUUGACCCCUUUCCGUAUUUAACAGUACGAAUCCUACAAACAUCUUCUAUAUCUCCUCAAAAUAAUUUCUCCUGCAUAUUCCGUCUUACCUUAACGGCACAUGUUAAUUUAUCGUUAAUAGCUAUAUCCCACACCGCUUUAUACCAUUCUUCCAUUUUAUAUUCCCCUUGCCCCUUCCACUUCCUAGCUAUAAUAAUUUGCGCAGCUGUCAAUAUGGUAAAUUGGUGAGCAAGUCCUUCAUAGUCUGCGAAUCUUCCAUAAAUUGAUAAUAAUUCAAUCUCUGGAUUUUGGGUCAGCUUUAACCCAGUGAUUUCUGUUAUCUCCUUAAACACCCUUUGCCAUUAAAUAAAUAAUAAUCUUCUGCAUAUCCAAAUUAACUUAAUUUGCUCGUUUUUUCAUCUACUUUAAAUAUAUACGCUUAUAAAACUGCAGAUUAUUACAAUAAUCCUGCCAAUGUUCUUAUCUGUUUACAAUUUAUCUGUAAAUAUUCAAUAAACCAUUUUCAUUCUUUUAUAAAAAGUUUGUUAUCUUGAUUUCACCAUUUCUGCAUAUUCCAUUACUUUUUGUAUCCAUUUUUCCUUUGCUGGGACUUCUGCUUCUUCCCAUUUUGGGGUGAGUAACAUUCUUGCCGCUGUAGUAGCAUACAUGAAUACGUUUCUAUACAAUUUAGGUACUGUAGUUCUGUCCCUAUAAUUCCCAAAAGAAAAGCUUCUGGGUUUUUUUACAAACAUUAUUUUAAACAUCCUUUUCAAUUCAUGAUAUAUCAUUUCCCAGUAAGCUUUAAAGUUACUACAAGACCACCACAUAUGAUAAAAAGAACCUUCUCUUUACAUUUCCCACACUUAUUUGAUUUAGAUUUAUACAUUUUUGCCAAUUUACUCGGUGUUAGAAACCACUGAUAUAUCAUUUUCAUAUAAUUUUCUCUUAGACCAUAGCAUGCUGUAAAUUUUAUAUCCAUAUUCAGGGUAGGUUUUAUUUAAAUCAAAUCGAUUUAAAUCACUAGUCAGUAAUACUUGAUUUAAAUCAUUUUUAUUUUUUUUACAGAAAGACUCAUUCUUGCUGGUAUAAUUUUAAUGUUAACCAGAUGAAUAAUAAAUUUUCAGAGUAGUUUUUACACUUAUAUCAAAAAUUACUGAUUUGGUUAUACUAUUAGAAAUACAUAGACAGAUAAUUUUGAAAUUACUGUGAGGUUUAUAUGUUAACUUUUUAUAUUUGGACAACUUUUCUGCUGUACUUUAUUGGAAGGAGAAAAAUAACCAUUUACUUAAUAACCAUUUAUUUAACUAAAACAAUAACAUUCUAGCAUAUGCAUCCAUGUUUGUUAACUGAUGUGGUUAAGCGAUUAAAAAAACAACCUUUGAGUUUUAGCACACAUGAAAAACUUAAAACAAAUCCUUAUUUCCUGAUGAAUAGCCUUUGGGCUAUAAUGUAACUUCAGUAGAAAACUAUCUUUAGAAAGAUUUUUCCUCCAAAAGCAUUUUAUUUUAAAAAUCCAAUUUAAUUCAAAAAAUAAUUUUUUUAAUCAUUGAUUUUUAUCCACCCAGCCCAUAUUCCACAAUCAUUCCCAUGCUUCCUUGUCUACAUUUGUCCAAAAAAAUGUAGGUAUUUACACCCCCACCACAUGUGAACAUAAAUCCUUAUUUUUUAUUUACUUCUUCACAAAGAACAUUAUUUAUAACUGAAGGACAACCUGGGUGCUCACUCAGCUUUUGGCUCCCAGGGAGUUGCAACCAGGCCCGGAUUUAGGUUUGAUGAGGCCCUAAGCUGCUGAAGGUAAUGGGGCCCUUUGUAUGUCCAGCUGUCCUUUGUCAACAACAAAUUGUGCUGUUUUUUGUGUGUUGAAUAUAUGCUAUAUGGUAAUUUAUGGACCUAAUAGGUAUCUAAAGCCAUUUGCACAUGUUGCCAUGCAACUAGUCCAUGCAGAAUGUAGGCACCCUAUAUAUAUAAAUGAGCAAACCAGUGAUAUUUUAGGGAGCAGGCUAGCAGGCAGGGCCCAUUACUUACAUCAUAGGAGCCUACACAACACAAAACACUGUUGCUGUAUGUAGGUUUUAUUUUGUUUUUUAUCUUACAUUUUGGAAAUGUACAUCUUUUUUCCCCUUUAACAUUGGGGGACCCCAAGAGAGUGGGGCCCUAAGCUAUAGCUUGUCUAGCUUAUACGUAAAUCCGGCACUGCCAUAUUCCACAAUCAUUCCCAUGCUUCCUUGUCUAGAUUUGCCCAAAAAACUGUAGCUAUUUACACCCCCCACCACAUGUGAACCCAAAUCCUUAUUUUUUAUUUACAUUAUUCGUUCACAAAUAAUGCCCUCCCACCAGAUGUCAAAAACAACUACCAGACUUUUAGAAGACAUCUCAAGGCAGCCCUGUUUCGGGAAGCUUUUAAUGCUUAACAGAUUUUAAUUUUAAUUAUUUUAACAUUUUAAUUAUUUUGUUGGAAGCUGCCCAGGGUGGCUGGGGAAACCCAGCCAGAUGGGCGGGGUAUAAAUAAUAAUAAUAAUAAAUAUUAUUAUUGUUAUUCUUAUUUCUAACCGAAGGACAACCCGGGUGCCCCCUCAGCUUUUGGUUCCCAGGGAGCGGCGGCCACAGCUGCCCGCCCUGAGGGCGACGCGGUCGCGAGCGCGCGGGAGAACUAAGGAGGCAGAGAGCGCGCGGCGGCGGCGGCCGUGCACGCGCGCGCGCGGACGGGGUGGGGACGGAGAGCGCGGUGACGUCUCCAGGAUGCGGACAGGUUCCUUCGCCGCCGCCGCCGCCUGAGCUGUGGGCGGGGCCCGAGGUUCCACUCCUCCAAGCGGCGUUCGGCGGCUGCGCUGUCCGGAGCCGGCCCGCCGCGGCUCACCUGCCUCGCUCCGUGGCCCGCCCGAGAAGAGCCUCCGCCGAGCUGGGCGGACGCGGCUGCGCUGAGGAGGAGCGCCGCCCUUGCCGAAAAGGAGGUGAGGGGAGGGACGGGAGCCUGCCUGGCGGGCGGAGGUCGCGGCGACCCCUCUGAGGAGAAGGAGGAGAGGGGCGCCCAGCGCGGGGAUGGGGGGCGGCUGCCUUGUUUGGCCCCGCAGCUUCUUCUCGUUAAAACCUCCUUUUGACGAAAGGCUUCACGGUCCUCCAGCUUGGUCCUUCCUCCUUUCCCAAAGCUGCUGCCCCCCCCCCACCCCGGGGUAGCUUUGAAAUCGGCCCCGUUGCGUUUCAAUGCGGCGCUCCUGUUUAGUAAACAAACUUUGAUUUAUUGUUAGUGGCCUCAUCGGCUGUUGUUGGUGGCUGUUGUUUUCAAUGGUGGGUUUUUAAAAAAUAUUUAAUGCUGUAUUGUUUUGAACACUCAAUUGGAAGCCGCCCAGAGUGGCUGGGGAAACUCAGUCAGAUGGGCGGGAUGUAAAUAAUAAAUUAUUAUUAUGAUGAUGCUCGGUCCCUAUGCUUUUCCAUUCCACGAGAAGCUCUGGGGGUGGUUUGCGCUGGCAAUAAUAAGAUCAUAAUGCAUUGGCAUUUAAAGAAGGGAUCAGAUCAGUAAGGCACAGGUGGGUCGAGCCACUUGCAGUGUGGGCACCUGUGUAGUGGGAAUUCCCAUAGAACAAAAUAGAACCCACUUCUUGUCCCUACUUCUUGUAUACCCCUUUUAACCAGGCCUGUGUGGUUCUCCCAUAUCCCCAGCCACUUCUCCCGCUCCACUUGAUGCAGGUUUCAUGUAUUCUGGAGAAUGAGAAGCUUGGGCCAAGGAUAUGGGAAGUGUGUACAAGCUUUUCAUUCCCCUAGUGUAGCUGGUAAUUAUCUCUCUCUGUUUGCCUAGGCAAGGGAGGAGACAAAAGUGGCUCUAGUGAGCCAUAGGAGAAACCUCUGGUUGCAGAUUGUGCCUUCACUAUGAAUCAAUCAAGCCCCGAUAUACAGUGAGAGCAGAAGCCAGGACUCAUCAUGAUAUUUUCCAAAGGCCUCCUGAAACAGGAUGGUUCAGAAGGCCUUCGUGAUCUAGCCCAGUAGGUUUCGCAGUUGAGAAUUUCUACAAAUGAGGUGCCACUGUUGGAAAAGCUUCACUUUGAAUUAGUGCUUGCCCUUCUGGGCUUCAGCUGGAGAACUUAGUCAGGCACCCCCAAACUCGGCCCUCCAGAUAUUUUGGGACUACAACUACCAUCAUCCCUAGAUAACAGGACCAGUGGUCAGGGAUGAUGGGAGUUGUAGUCCCAAAACAUCUGGAGGGCCGAGUUUGGGGGUUCCUGAUCUUCGUGCUCGUAUGGGAGAAGGCACUUCUGAGGUACUGUGGACCAGACUGUUUAAGACAGAAUAAUAAGAUUGGUUGUCGUAAUCAUUUUACCCAUAAUAGUGUUGAGUUCAAGAUUUAAGCUUCUUGGUAAAAUGACUAAUCAAAUGAUAUGGGGUGGAGUGACUCAAAGAUCCAGGAAGCCCAUGGUUUGCACAGAGAUUCAGUGUGGCUGAAGGUCUGCAUUUUGAGCAGUUACAAACCUGAGUGACUUUGGAAGAUUGAUUUGGAAGACUGACGCUGUCUUUGAGCAAAUAUAAGCCAUAUUUGUGUGACCUUCAAAACUUUCUCAUAACAAGUUUGGAUUUUAGCACACACUUUCAAAAUGAAUUUAUGUAGUAAAACUGCAAUGUAAAAUGUUUAAAGUGGAAUUGAUUAAUGUUCUCUAAAGUAUUUUUAAACAAUAACUCACUGCUUGCUUGUAUUUUAUUUUGCCAGUCUUGAAAUUACAUUGCAAGUGCAACUAAAAUUAGGUCAGAUACUAUUAAAAUGGUUAAACUCAUAAAGCUGCUGUUCACAGAAGUCACUUCUAUCCACUGGAGAUUUCCCUGAACUGAAGGGAAAGGAACGAGAUUUCUAAUAAUUUCCCCUUUCUACUGCAGUCUGAUGUAGCACCAUCUAUACUUUUCUCAAAGGGCCCGUCAACAACUAUCUGGAACAGAGUUUGGUGUUCAUGAAAGCCUCUGCUGGACCCAAGAGCCUUCUAUGAAUGGAAGAACAUUGUUAGAUACAGCUCAUAGUAAAGUCAAAGCAGUGCAGUCCAUCUGUCAGAUCACAUGGGCCUCCUUUGCAGCUCAUUGCUUGUGUAGGAGAGGAACAGCACCAAGACAAAACUAGGUCCAAGGUACACCAAAAAAUGUGGUUUCUUGGGCCCACUGUGUUUUGAAUGGGGGAAACGGCCUUCCACGUUUUUUACCACAAAGUAAUUUUGAGGAGCAGGAAGAAAAAAAAUAAAGCUUCCUCUUACCUCCUUCAUUAUUUCUUACUGCGAGCGUUUGGGAUUUGGAAGCACUGCAAAAGGACACCAACAAACUAGGCCGAUGCCCUUUAGCAUCACUUGUUGGCAACCACCCAAGACGGUUUGCAUUGCUAACAAAGCUCUUAAGCUCUUGGCUAAGCCCAUCCCCUUGUCCCAACAUAGGGAAAGCGUCAAGUCUGCAGUUUGCAAUAGGCAGUUUUGUUCAUCUGUAGUUACGGGUUUAAUUUUACAAGCAUUGAAAUGAACUGAUUAUGGAAUUCUGAUUAUUUUAGUUUCCAUCAACUCGCCGUAGCCAAAAUGUAUUUGUUCAGCAUUUUAAAAAUUAUUUCAUCAAAAUCAACUAGAGAGAUGGUUACCUUUUCAAAUGGACUGUAUUCUCUGAGAUAUUACAGCACCUUGUUUUUCUUCAUUAUUCUGGAUUUCCCUUAUAGUGUUUUUGACAUGUCAGCUUCAGAUCUUUCAAAAAGUUACAGGGAAACCAAAAGUCAGAGUCUUACCGUGCUUCAUUUGGUUAUCACUAAGACAACUUGCUCACUCCACCCUAGUAUAUGGAUGUGUCUGUCUGAGAUAAUGGUUCUUGUUCUAUGUAAAGGUCUCCAGGAACGUAUCUACUGUCUGCAUAGAUAUCCUUGCCUCACUCGGUUUGCAGAAAGAAGCAAGCUGUCAUUUUGCAUCUGUGAGCGCACUAGAAGUCAAAAGCUGCUUUUUUAUUUCUCCAUGUUGCUGUGAGACUGAUGCACUGAGUGGCUGUAAGAAGAUAAUUCAUGUUAUAUUUGGCCAGAGAUUUAGCUCAUUUAUCCCUUUAUAUUACUAUAUGAGCGAUGAGCCAUUUGCCCUUUAUUUCUUACAGCAGCUAUGUAGAAAUGCUUUUUUGUGGCUGCAUCUCAUUAUUCUGCUGAAAUGUUUGAUCCUGACUGUAUGUUUAAAGCCCUUUAAUUUCAAGGGUUCUUCUCAUGCGGUGGCUACCCAGUGAGAAUGAAUGCUUGAUUCUCUAUGUUUGCUGUUGAACAGCAGCAGCAUGGAAUAAUGUCAUAUAAAAAUUAUUCCCAUGCUAUGGAUACAACAUAUAAAACGUCUCCGAGAAUUGGUGAGUGCUGAUAUUUGUAUAUAGCAAAUGUUGUAGGACCUGUUUAGGCAGAAAACAGACAUUCUGGACGAAACAAAAUUGAGAAAGAAGGAGGGAACGGGAAUGAUGUAAGAACUGUAAGCAGUGUCACAAGACACCGUAUAACAUUAUAACAGUAUAACAUCAAUCCUCAUGAAAGACACUGGCUACCUAUUUGCUGCUAGGCCCAAUUCAUGGUGUUGACUUUAACAUUGAAAGUCCUAAAUGACUUAAGGCCCAAAUACUUGAUGGCACUCCUCCUCAAAUCAGCCAGGUCAGGCCCUAUCGGUCUGUCUUGUGGGCCCUUUGAUUGAUCAUUUAAUUUCUAUACUGCUUAAUAUGUUAAAAAUUGUAGAAGAAAUUGACACGACAGAAACUUUAAAUAUUACAGAAGUUACAUAGACAUUAAGUCUAUCUAUCUAAAUCAAUAGCAAUUCAUUUUCCUUCUGACACACCGUCUCAGCCUCCAGGUUCUCACCCAGGGUCCAAACAAACUCUCAUCUCACCCACAAAAGUCUCACAAGAAGAGUUUCUGGAAACAGCAGACAUCACCCCAGUGCCUCACUUAAGACUUGCGUUUUCUGGGCAGGCGCAAGGUGGAUGGUGCUUUUUCAGACUGCCCACAGCUGUGCCCCUUUAAUACAGCAUGUUUGUUGAGUUUUCUAAGGCAAAACUAUGGGGGCAUAGGAAGUUGGUUUAUAUCUAAUCAAACUAUUGGUUCAUAUAGCUAAGUAUUGUCUACACUGACUGAUAGUGACUGUCCAGGAUUUCAGACAAGGUAAUUUCCCAGCCCUGCUUGGAGAUGCUUCGGAUUGAAUGUGGGAACUGCUUAAUUGUUUUGUAGUAUUUUUCUGUAUAUUAGCUAUACUGCAGAAUUUUGAUUAUAUCUAUUGAGUGGGUAUUUUUGUUUGUAGUAAAUUCAGGUGAGUGUUGUAUCUCCAGUUUUCACCUUCAGUUUUAAAUUUUAUUCGUCCUAUGUGGAAGUGUCAAUACUAUACAUUCAAAAAACAGUUGGUCUAUUUUGGGAAAGGUCUUAAUGAAGUUUAUGAUUUAGAAAAGUGAAAUGCUCAUGAAAACAAAGUCCACCACAGCCAACCACAAAUGAACAACCACACCCUAGGCCAACCCCACCUCUCUCACCACCAAAGGAACACAAGUGAACAGCAGAGAACCUGCACAAGCAACGCUGACACCAAACCCUACAUAUAUUAAGUAAAAUAGAAACAUCGCCACCCCCCCACCCCCACCCCGCUUCCCCCCCCCACCUCUUUCCCCCUUUUCUUCCUAAUGUCUCAACAAAUAAAACUGAUUUGUAAAAAUGUUACAUGGGGGGGGGGAAAUGCGAGAGUGAGGCAUUGCACACAUUUUUGUAAAUCAAGAAAAUCUUUAAGAAAAGAAAAGAAAAGAAAAGUGAAAUGCACUUUAAGGUAUUUGAUACUAUGAAAAGCAGAACAGUAGUUGAUCUAUAUGGAGCAUGAAUUGGUUUUAUAAUACAACAGCCAAAAUCAAAAUAUAGCUGGAAAGGGUGGCUAGCCAAAGAUGUUACCAAACAGUGCCAUGUAGGGAUCUAGCAUUUCUUAGCCAGCAACCUUUAGUUUCCCCCCCAUUUUUAAAAAUUGAUUUCCCACAUUUAUCUCAAAAUGACACAACAAAGCACACACAAAAAAGAAAAACACACCACAAUACAACCUUUGGAGCUUAAGCACUUCUUCCUCCCCCUGCAUAUCUGACUGCAAAGGAACUUCCUGGUUGGUUAAACCACAUUUUCUGUGCUUGGUUGUCAUGGCAAACAUGUGGUUUAAUAAACCAGGAAGUUUCCUCUGAAGCCAAGCGUGAGGAAAGAGGAAACAUUUGAGUUCACAGCUCAUUUAUUUUUCAAGAAACCAUGCAUCUGAGUCGGGCAAUGUCUGAUAUCAACUGACUUCCCUGUCAUGAAUCUUUCGUAUGGGGCAGUGAUUUACAGGGCAUAGGAACACACAGACUGUUUGUUUUUGGCCAGGAUAUGAUCCUCAGAGGGCACUGAGUUGCUUUCAGGGCGAUUUGUCUGACUGUGAGGAUCAAGAAGCAGAGUAAAUAAAGGAUAUUCUCUGCAGGACCUGGGAGAGUUCCUCCUGCAAAAGAAUGGGAUUUUUAGCUAGUAGAUGCAGAGCAUGCAGAUUGCACAAUAUCUGGUUCCCAUACAUUUCUGAAACUCCCCAGGCCUUGGUUGCCUUGAGGAAAGAAUGUGUUAUGUCAGUACAACAUAAUAUUUUUGUGGAUUUUGUCUUUAGUUUAUAAACUCCAGUUUUGCUGAUUUAAGUAAGCUAAGAACUUUUUGGAGUAGAACUGAGGACUAAAUGAGAUGAGUAACUGAUAACUCUCUGAUACACCACCGUUGAAGUAAUGUUUCUCCAGUAAAAAAGGGGGGCUUAUCCAUUAAAAAGGUUAGCUGGAACACAUGGAUGGCACCUUCUUAGUUCCAAUUUGUUAUGAAAAUCUUGAUUUUCCAGUAAUGGUAAAUCCAAGCAAAUGACAACUUGGUGUCUGUUAUGAAAUCAUUUAAAGAAUAAUGACAGUUUAGAGACCCCCAUUAUAAGUAAAUCUUUGGUGAAUAGAAAUUACAGGGGUGAUUAUGAAGCAAAGCAUACUGUUCCAGCAAAGUACAUUAUUUUGAUUUUACUUAGUAAUAUAGUUGAGAAUAUACUAGCAUCUAUUAACAAAAAAAAGCUGCUCACAAAGAUGGAAAAUUCAGUAUUCUGUGAAACAUUUUCCUUUUAAAGAAGGUAUGCAUUCAGUAAUAAAAAAAAUGGAUUUGUUUAGCUGAGAACAACGACUAGAAUUUGAAAAAGCUUUUGGUAUGAAUAGCUUCUUAUAUAUAAUUGCUGAUACCUUGUUUUGAUUGGGUAAUGUUAAUAUCAAGUAGCUUCUAUGAGGGCUGGUCAGAAAAUAUUACAUGUGGCAUUUCCCGAAUGGAAAGUACUAAUUUUCUUCAGGAUUUUGUACGGAGCUGCAGUUUUUUUAAUUUACCAUUUUGGGCCAGAAAUGAGUGAAAAACGUCAGCAUGGCAAAACGUCCCUAUUGCCAAGAGGUACAAUGGUCUCCUAUUACUCUCCCCAGCAAUAUUUUCCACUGAUUGCUUAUCCAUGUCUUUUUCCACAGUCUCUGCCAUCUUUGUCACUGCUACACCCUCUUUAGCAGACACCUUUGCUUUUUGCUUAACCAAUAGCUACAGCUACAUUUUUCCCCUGACAUUUUUGUUCCCAGGCCCUUAUAAGGCUAUAUUUGCUGGCUAUCUUGGUUUCUGCAGAUGGUGUUAUUUCUGCUGUGUUUUCUCAAACAUUAUCCUGUUUCUCACACUAGAAUUUGAGUAUACUUACACACUCUUCUUCUUUUUUCAUUUUUGCCGAUCAUUAGAGAUGUUGCUGUGGAAGAACUAA